GUCCAGUUCCCCAAGCAUCGACAAUAUGAAACAUCUCUUCGCUGUGCGAGGUGUGUUCAGCCUGGUACUGGUCGUCUGUACAGCCACGGUUGUGCUCACAGUCACGAGCAUGCUGGUGGGGUUCAACGGAAACCUGCAAGACCAAAUGCAAGACUUACUUGAACUGCUUCUCAAGAAUGCUCAGGUUGUGCCUGACCCGUCCGUUGAUGCUCGUGAAAACCAUCCGCUUCAGGCUAGACUGGACGGAAAACAUGUUGAGAGAAAACAGUAAUAGUGCAAUUCUCUAUUUGAUAAGAGACCCUCGGGCAGUGAUAACUUCCCAGCUGUCUGCGCUGAUCAACCCUCUCAAGCUGAACCUCACUCAGAGUCUGAAGAUCAUCUGUCCUCAGCUCAGGGAAGACAUCGGUGCCUUAAAACGACUCACUCUUCGCUAUCCGGACAGGGUCAAGAUGGUUCGAUAUGAACACGGCGCUUUGAAUCCGCUGAAGUACGCUAGGGACAUUUACCGUUUCAUCGGCAUGGACUUAACCGACAAUGUAGUUGACUUUGUUAACUCCAUCACUUCUGCAAGGGCAGACGAUAGCCUGUUUGGCACAGUCCGAGCGAGCUCCGCGGAAGCUAUGGAUGCCUGGAGGCACCGGGUUAGCUUCGAUGAGGCCAGGGAGGUGGACAGAUGGUGCAGCGAUGUGUUGCCAGAUCUGGGAUAUAAGUUACUAACGUCGAAGGCUGAGCUCAAGUCCAACAGCUCUCUCUUGUUGGAAUCUGAAUUAGACUGAUACCUCACGUGAUUUCGGUCAUACACUGAUCACACCAGUAGUAAACAGGUUCUCUACAACCGAGAAUAAGCUGAGGAUUGACAUUCCUGAGCACUCAAAUAUUCUGUUUACUUUAGUCUUGAUUUGUUUCUUGGCUGUUUGCCUCUACUGACACGGGGAAAACCCUAACCUAAUAUGGAAAUAGUUUUAGUUUAAGUAAAAGUUUUACGGCACUUGCAACACUAUAAGGUCAU